AUCAGAAAUAACUAGUGGUGUUAAGUCGCGCUCAUCGACAUCAUGGCUGUCAGUAUAAAUUUGUUCAUUGAAGGAUGAGCUUCCCCUCUGUGAAAUUUACAUAUAAAAACAUUUUGUUGUUAAUUUUAUCAUUGGAAAAUGUGUUAAUUAGUGCUAGAAGAUACAUCAUGUUGUCUCAAAUUAAAUAACUUUCCAGAUUCUGCUGUUUUUUGGACUAUUUGAGUUUGUAUUACAUUCCAAAGAUGACAUCAAGUAGACUCGAUCGACUGUUCGUGCUCUUGGAAAACGGCAGUUCGUCCGUGACCAGAUCGGCCGCGGCCAGACAACUGGGCGAGGUCCAGAAGCUGCACCCGCACGAGCUGAAGACCCUUCUCUCGAGGCUCGCCGCCUACCUGAGAUCGAGCUCGUGGGACACGAGAAUAGCCGCCUCCGAAGCGGUCCGAGCCAUCGUCUCCAACGUGCCGCAAUGGGACCCGCCGGGCGUCGCCACGAAAUCAGAAGAAGAAGAUCAAAUGCCUUCGUUGUCGGGAAUAGGUAGAUUGUGCUUCGCUAACUUCAAUAUGGCCACCGUGUUGGCGAACAGUUCGCAUCUCAUGGCUUCGGAGGGAAAAGAGUUCGAUGUAGAGGAAGAUUCUACCAUAGAUGUUAAACAAAGAAUGGCCAAGCAACGUCAACAGUUGAACGCUAAAUUAGGCCUCAACAUAGCCGCUCAAAUCGGCAUAGACACUUCGAAUAUCUUUACAAACGAAGAUCUGAUCAACAAUUCCGAAAAAAACCAUUGCGAUGCAAAGAAAAACGUUACAGAGGUAAUAUCGCCUUUGAACAAGGAAUUGAGCUUGAGGGAAAUCAACCGAGCGAAGCGGAAAGCCAGACAGGCCGUGAAUAAACAGCGAUCCAGGGAUAAUGUGUUUGAGGAAAACGGUUCCGAAGAACCCGACAAGAAGAAGAUCAAGAGCGAAUCGAAAGAGGAAUGUGCCAUUCAAUCGGAUUUGGAAGCGGGAGAUGCGGGCGAUUGGCCGCUAGAAUGGUUCUGCGAUCUGUUGAGCCAAGAUUUGUUCAGUUCCAGUUGGGAAACGCGACACGGGGCCGGAACGGCCCUUAGGGAAAUUUUAUCGGUGCACGGAUCCGGCGCCGGAAAGACUACAUAUCUUUCAACGCAACAAAAUUUAGAAAACCACGAGAUUUGGUUGGAAGAUAUGGCCAUACGAUUGUUAUGCGUUCUAGCAUUGGACAGAUUCGGCGAUUUCGUUUCCGAUGCCGUCAUAGCGCCGGUCAGAGAAACCUGCUCGCAAGCGCUGUGCGCCGUUUUGAAACUGAUGCCGUCCCGAGCCUGCUCCGAAGUGUUGAAGGUUUUAUUGCAACUAAUGGACCACAACGAAUGGGAGGCCAGACACGGCGGCCUACUAGGGUUAAAGUACCUGCUGGCGGUGAGAGACGAUAUGAUAGAUGUUUUCUUACCGGAAAGCUUCCCGUUCAUUCUCCAAGGAUUGUCCGAUUCCGUCGACGACGUGAGCGCCGUGGCGGCCUCGGCUCUGAUACCGGUCGCUGGAAAAUUGACGGAAUUAGUGCCGGAAUCCUUGCCGACGGUGAUCGCGAAGCUGUGGGAAUUGCUGUCGGAGCAAGACGAAUUGGCGGCCGCCUGUAACAGCUUCAUGGGUCUACUGGCGGCCAUUUUGAACUUGCCCAAAGUCCAGGAAAUCUUACCGCCUCAACCUCUCAACGACGUCAUACCGGUUUUGUGGCCCUUUUUGUCCCACGGCACUUCGUCCGUUAGAAAAGCGACGUUGCAAACAUUGAAUACAUUGACCGAGAAACCGGCCGACGCGGAGACCAUCCCGUGGGAGGCGCCGCUGCUGCAGGACGGCCUGCGGCACAUCUACCAGCGCGUGCUCGUCGAAUCGAACCCCGACGUGCGUUCGGCGGCCGAGAAAGUGUGGAACAACCUGGUGACGAACGCCGCGCUGGUGGAAUUGCUGCACGCCGCCUGUCCGUUCAUCACGCUGUGGCUCUAUCUGAGCAUGCAGCCCAUUCGGGUGCCGUUCGACGCGAAUUUUCUGAUACUGGCCAAGUCGCAGCGCAAGAAACACGACGCGCUGAGCGCUUUCGAUCACGCCGUGAUGCCGCCCAAAAUGUACAUAGGCGGCAUCGAGACGACGCCGUUGUGUUUGAGAGAGCAAAACGCGAUUCCGGUGCGAUGCUCGACGUCGAGGAUGCUGGGGUUGUUGUCUCGUUACAUUGUAAAACCGGCGCCCGGCGUGGAUUACGUUUCGAGCGGUUUGGAAAGCCCUAUGGAUUCGUACGAGAAGGUUCUUUUGGUUCAUUUGCAAUCCAAAUCGGCUGUUCAACGUAUGGUAACAGGUUUGGUAAUUUCGGAGUGGGCCAAGGUAGACCAAGAAACCACCGCGUGCCCGCCUAAUCUACUGACUUGCCUGCAUCAGUGUUUAGACGAGUACGUGUAUUUCGAUGAAAUAGCCCACGGUUUUACAAGACUAGCUCAAGAGACUAAAGACUUCCUGGCCACCCUGAGACAUUACAAAGUUCCUAUAAACGUCGCCAACGACAACGUACUGACCUUGGAACAAAUUAAAAUAAUGACGGGUCCUCAAACUCAGGAGAUUCUAGUCAACAGUAAAUUGAAACCAAAGAUAUUAGAUAGUUUGGAGGAGAGAAGACGGAGCAUUCAGGCUUCCGUUAUACAAACCAGCAAGGAUCAAAACAUGUUAAACAUCAGUACGCUCGGCACAUUGGCUUGUGCUGUUGUGAUGUUCAAAGCGUUACCGGAAAAACUGACGCCCGUUAUAAAACCGCUUAUGAUAUCGUUAGCGUGCGAACGCGACGAGGAUUUGCAGAAAAUAUCGGCCGAACAUCUCGCUAUUUUACUGGAUCAGGUUCGAUCCAGACAGGUCAAUCCGCACGAUAAAGUUAUCUCGAGGCUUUGCGAAUUUUUAAGGAGCGAUCCGGAAUUUACGCCGGUUAUUCAUAAACAAGCGGGAGAAAAUAGUUCAUCGACUAGGGAACCCCCGAAACAGGGUAAUUACAAUGGGAUUCUAACGCUUAGUAAUUUACAAAGAAACGCUGAAAGGUCAGCGUUGAAACGAUGCAACAGCACCGGAAGAGGUCCUGGAAGACCUCCUGCGACCGAUAUACCGAUUGAAGAGCUGUUUAAAGAGGAAGAUGAGACCCAGAAAGAUAACUUCGUGAAGAGACGAGGAGGUACCUUGGCGCUGGUUGCUUUGGUUAAACAUUUUGGCGAAAACCUACCCGAUCACUUGCCCAAAUUGUGGGAAUUCAUAAUAGGACAUUUGAACGAAACCGUAGAUCCUUUUAAUUUCAUCGCUAGCGAUAUGUUGAACAAAGACGACAAAGCCGAGGAGCUUCUGUGGGCUCUGCAGGUAUUGGAAGUAACGACGAGCAGUUUGCACAAAUCCCUGUUGCCCAAAGUAAUGCAAGUGUCGUUAAUUAGACUUUGCGUGUUACUUUCGCACCCUUACAAGGCCGUCAGGCACCUAGCCUCGCGUUGUUUGGGAGUUUUCGCUAAAUUGGAUUCCGUUAAAGUCAUGGAGAUGAUUGUAAACAUUGUUUUGCCUAAACUCGGCGCCACAGAUUGCGAUAUCGAUAGACAAGGCGCUGUAGAAGCAAUAGCGUGUAUCGUAGACGAGCUGAAAUACGAAAUAAUUCCGUACGUAGUGUUACUGGUAGUUCCUUUGUUGGGUAGAAUGUCCGAUCAAAAUAUGUGCGUUAGGCUUAUGGGGACCCACAGUUUUGCUACUCUUAUUCAAUUGAUGCCGUUGGAUGGAGGCGUACCCGAACCACCUGCAUUAAAAGGGAGCGUUUUGAACAUUCAACGGGACAAAGAGAGGGAAUUCUUGCGCCAAUUGUUGACGCCUUCAUCGAUACCUGAUUACCACGUACCUGUACAAAUCGAAGCGCAGUUGAGGAGUUACCAGCAAGCCGGCGUGAACUGGUUGGCAUUCUUAAACAGGUACAAGCUACACGGCAUCUUAUGCGAUGAUAUGGGUCUCGGAAAAACGUUGCAAAGUAUUUGCAUAUUGGCCGGGGACCAGUUCGAUAGGGAGCAAAAGUUCAAGGAAACGAAAUCGCCCGAUUGCGCUCCUUUACCCUCGAUGGUAAUUUGUCCUCCCACUCUGACGGGUCACUGGGUGUACGAAAUUGAGAAAUUCCUCAAGCAAAAGUAUCUACGUCCUCUUCAAUACAACGGAUCGCCCACCGAGAGGGAACGAUUGAGGCAAAAGUUCAAAAAAUACAACGUCAUCGUGGCCUCUUACGAUAUCGUUCGUAAGGAUAUUUCGUUCUUUUCGCACAUCAAAUGGAACUACAUAAUAUUAGACGAAGGCCACAUCAUAAAGAAUGGUAAAACGAGAACUAGCGUGGCUAUAAAAGCUCUAAUCGCCAACCACAGACUGAUUCUUAGCGGAACGCCUAUACAAAAUAACGUUCUGGAACUGUGGAGUCUCUUCGAUUUCCUGAUGCCCGGCUUCCUGGGCACCGAGAAGCAAUUCACCGCGCGUUAUUCCCGACCGAUUUUAGCCAGCAGGGAUCCCAAGAGCUCGCCCAAGGAACAAGAAGCCGGCGUUCUAGCCAUGGAUGCUCUACAUCGUCAGGUUCUACCGUUUCUUUUGAGGAGAAUGAAGGAGGACGUACUGGAAGAUUUACCGCCGAAGAUAACGCAAGAUUACUACUGCGAGUUGAGUCCGUUGCAGGAACGGCUUUACGAAGAUUUCUCCAAGAGCCAGGCGCACCAAACCCUACAGGAAUCGAUUUCUUCUGGUGGGACAACCGGCUCCAUUCACGAGACGCAUAUCUUCCAAGCGCUGCGCUAUCUUCAGAAGGUUUGCAAUCACCCGAAGCUGGUUUUGAAUUCGUCGCAUCCGCAUUACACUUCGAUCAUUUCGUCGUUGCAAGAACGCAAUUCGAGAUUGGAAGACAUCAAUCAUUCAGCUAAAUUGCCGGCGUUGAAGCAAUUGCUACAAGAUUGCGGGAUAGGUGUUAACGAAAGCACCGAUAAGGAAUCCGCGGAUUUGGUAAUCAAUCAACACAGGGCGUUAGUUUUCUGCCAGCUUAAAGCCAUGUUGGACAUAAUCGAAGAGGAUUUGUUGAAGAAGAACAUGCCCGGUGUGACUUACUUGAGACUGGACGGGUCUAUACCGCCUAUUCAAAGACAUUCGGUGGUUACCAGAUUUAAUAACGAUCCUUCGAUCGAUGUGUUAUUACUGACGACCCAAGUGGGCGGUUUGGGUUUGAACCUCACCGGAGCCGAUACUGUUAUAUUUGUCGAACACGAUUGGAACCCCAUGAAGGAUCUACAAGCGAUGGAUAGGGCGCACAGAAUAGGCCAAAGGAAGGUGGUAAACGUUUACAGAUUAAUUACAAGAGGAACGUUGGAGGAGAAAAUUAUGGGUUUGCAGAAGUUUAAAUUGCAAACCGCAAAUACGGUUAUAAGCGGUGAAAACAGCCAACUGGAAACGUUGGGAACUGAUCAAAUAUUGGACCUGUUCUCCCACAAAAAUUCGCCGAACGGAGAAAUAAACUCAUCCAAAUCGGGGACCGGAGGUAUGAAGGCCGUGCUGGAAUCAUUGCCGGAACUUUGGGACAGUACGCAGUACGACAACGAGUACGAUUUGUCUCAGUUCAUGUCGAAACUGAAGUAGAAUUAGAUAAACGUGGUAACUUUUUUUUCUGUACUAGAAGGUAUAAUGUUGCGAAAACAGUUGAGCAAUAACUUUGAAGUUGUCGGUUUUGUGCUCGCGAAAGUUUUACCAAAGAUUUAUUUAUUAUUAGAGUUAUUAUACUGGAUUUAUAAAAAAAUGCGUAAAUGUAAGUAAGCAUUUUGUGACAUUAUGAGAAAACUUGAAGAAUAUUCAUCAAAUAGCAAUUAAGUUUAAUAUGUGGCCAACCAUUUACAUUAAGCUAUUCUAUUUUCAUUUUUUUUUGUACUUAAACGCAUUUCGGUUCAUGUAGUAAUAAAAAGUAUCUUUAACCGAUAUACUUCAAUACAUAUUUUUUAAAACUAAAUCAUUCGAAUAAUAGUAGUGUAAUACAUUACUAUUUUUCUAAUAGAUUAUUUAUUUGUAGCAAUAAUGUAUUAGAAAUAGGUGUUUGAACGUAUUUAAUAGAAAAUGCACGUUUUGAAUUUCCGAAAUACAUUUCUUGUAAGCAACGCAAUAACUUUUAAUAGUGCAUUUAUUUGUUUUUUUAUGUUUCAAUUUACGAUGAAAACAAAUAAAGAUAACGCAGAAGUUUUCCUGUUUAUGAGCACCGACAUUCCAAUAAUUUAUUAAAAAGAUAUUUCAUUCAAUUCAACUUUAUUAAUAAGGUUAAUAAGUAUACAGAGAUUAUGUAGAUGUAGAACAAUAUCGCUUACAUGUAUUUUAAAUUAUAAACAUUCAGCAUUGUCUUCUACUUUUAAUGCUGUUUUUGCGUCUACAUAUUUUUUGAUCACCCUGUACCGUUCCUGCACAACCUAGAGUGGCCGCUACUACAACCUAUGGAAUUCUAUGUGUCUACAGGAAAAAUAUUUUUACUUUUAAAAAUUUAGUGAAAUCACAGCUCUUGUUCAAAAUCAUAUUGUUAUUAUUUAAAUUGAGUUAAUUGUAGAGAAGCAUGCCUAAAACUGCCCAGUAAGACAAAAAUAUUGUAUUAUGCAAAAAAUGAUUGUAUUGUAGUAAUGAUAAAUUUUUUAAAAAGUAAAAAUAUUUUUAUUAUUACUUCUAAUUAUUGCAUGAAAGCUAACAAUAUAUGAUUGCAUACAAGCAGUAUAUUUUUCUAGUUUAAAUCACAUAUUUUGAUAAGCACUUUAUAUAGAUAUAGUUAAUUUUAACAAGAGAAUAAAAAAAUAUUCCCCUUGUUUGUCGGAUUACACUUUUUUAAUCUCUGUAGGAUAUAACAGCAUUUAUUCAACAAUAAUCGAAGUUUAUAUUUUUAUUAAAAUAUUCAUCAGUUCUUCCAAUAAAAAAUUUAGAACACACAGAAAUAAUACUGAAACCAGUUAGAUGUAAAAAUAUUUCUCUAAAGAGUAUAUAUUCUUUUGAAGUCGCAACUUUCCAAUUUUUUGGAAAUUAAUAAUACAUUUCAAACAUAUUAUUCGGUUGAAAAAUCAGUAGAUCUAAAGAUAUUGACAGUUUAUCAGAACUUAUAGGCUAAUAAAACCAACAUAUCAACCCAAUAUUAUGCUAAUAUUAGUCUUGAUCGUGGAGGCGACAACUAACGCGCGAUAAAUUGCAAAAAUCUAUCCCGGAGUAGUUAGUGAUCACCUCCAGCCAUAUCAUCUCCUUAAUGAAGACAACCUCUAAUAUAUUUAGUCUUAUAAAUACGUGUUUCAAGUUAUUAACAACGUCUGUCACUGUAACAGGUAAGGGCCUGCGACGGCGCCGACGUGCGCCCCUUUAUCGUGGCAAACUAUAUGGACUAGUUUUAAAUUGUUCAAAGUAAAUAGAUCGUUAUAAAUAGCCUUAAUAUCGAGGAAACCGUUCCUAAUUGUUUUGAAAUUCCCUUUCACGGCGCGCGCUACUUUGCUUCCAUCAACUUCACUGUCCUCGUCAGUAGAAUCAACAGAACGGAGAGCUGCGCAUACAGCAGGGAUGAUGGAACGCGAUCGUUCCUUGUAGUGAUCGAGAUUCCAAGUCUGAAAUACGAUCCGGGAUUCCCUGCUGUCGUACGGAUUAAUGCUGUGACGUGGACUGUAAAGACAUUGUUCCUUAUCCCACCUGCCCUGGCACCGGAACGUCCCUUCCCUGUCACAGAGGCUGCUUUUCAUGUCGUCGUCGCCCCCGCCGUCCGCCCUAUCGAACCACUCGGGGUGGUCGGCUUUGGCGCUGAGCUUCGUCUUCUGGGCGUCGAUGCCCUUCAGCACCUCGGCGAGCUUGUAGACUUUGCUCUUCAUCUUCUCGGUGAAGAACUCCUGGAUCUUCUCGCCGGCGUUGAGGUACUCCUCGUUGACUUCCCGGAUGGUUUUGUAGAGGAUUUCGGCGUCGGUGGCGGCCCGCUCGCCGGCCAGCACCCAUAUCAGGAGCGUCUGCGACGGCAGAGUCUGGAAAUACUCUUCGCUUUCGAUGAUCGUCCCGUCGGUGGUUUGGAAGGCUAUCUGGCCGGGGGAGAAUUCCAGCUUGAAUUUGUCGAUGGUCUUCUUCUUCAGCUCGUCGAGGUUCUUCACGGCUAUACCGACUCUCACUUUUCGCUCGGAGUCUGUUACUUUGAAGCCCUUUGAAGCGCUAAAUACCUCACUUACCGGUUACCAAACGCACUAGAUUUAUGCAACAAUUAAGCGAAUAAAGUAUUUAAUUUUGAGCGAAUAUCGGAGCGUCUGUUUAGGAGGAGUUCCCGAGCCAACUGCGAUGUCUGCUACGUAGCGAAAUGCAGUUAUAUGCAAGUGCGACUCGCCGAAGGGUCCGCCACGAUUUAGGCCAAUGUCAGUGUCAACUGAAUUUCCCUUUCUCUGUCCUGCUUCCUGGUUCCAGGUUACGGGUCGAGCGGGCAGGCGCGCUGCGGAAAAUCCAUAUUUUUGGGAAGCCGGAAAUGUAAGGACGAAUCGUAGUUGCCAGGGAAAAUCACGUUGCUAUUUGAAGUUUUUAGGGGUAAUUUUAAAUUAGCUAAAAUCCGCUUCAUACUAUUUUGUUAUAUCAAUAAUUUAUUAUA